UGGUGCUGAUGCUGCUGAGCUGCAGAUCCUCAGUGUGAACAGAGAGAAGAGAGACCAGCAUCACUGCAGGGACCUGACUCUACCUCACCACAGUGUCUUUGACUGGAAACUGCAGCACCAUGACUCUGGCAGCAUACAGACAGAAGAUGCGAGAGCUCCCCCUGGUGUCUCUCUUCUGCUCCUGCAUCCUUCCUCAACCCAGAGACGCAGUUGAAAAGAAGGAUGCGGGCGUGGUGGACUUGAACCUGUGCAACAUCCGGCACAUGGAGGUGAUCGAGCUGAGCAAGCGGGCGAGUGGCCAGGCCUUCGAGGUCAUCCUGAAGCCGCCCACCUUCGAUGGUGGCCCCGAGCUCAGGGCGACCACGCCUCCUCGCCAGAAACCAUCGCUAGAGGAGAUUCAGAAGAAACUGGAUGCCGCACAGGAGAGAAGAAAGUGUCAUGAGGCGGAGCUGCUCAAACAUCUGGCCGAGAGGAGGGAGCACGAGCGGGAAGUGGCUCAGAAAGCUCUGACCAAAGAGCGGCAGGAGCAUCGCGCCGAGGCCGACAAGCAGCAGCGGCAGAUGCACCUGAGCGCCUCACAGGAGGAGGACAAGCACAGUGUGGAGGUGUCUUGACGGCCUGAUCACAACACAAGCUGAACUUUCUUUGGAAGCCAUUUUAGGGGCGGAUGAGCUGAGGAUUGACCUCGGCGCUGCUCCGACUGGGAGGUCAACAGGAAGAGACCCUGGGAACAUAAGAGAAGAAGAAGCAUAGAGGAGGACCGAGGGCGGGUCCGAACGGUCGACUUCCUCCAAGCAACCAGGAGAUAAACUGUGAAUGAGAUGAACGACAGGACGCUUCAUCAGUCGAUGCUUCACAGGACUUUUACUGUGCCGUGUUGCCAUGCCAACAGUGCCAAUGUGUUGAUGUGCGUGUGAUUGUGCGUCAAGGAAUCAUCACGAGACUGGAAAUGUGUACACGACCAACCACGCUGACCCGACAUCCCUCUGACAGAAGCCGGACUCAAACCCAAACAAGCCAAAGGAUGUUUAACCUGAAUCAUCUGGACCGUCUGCACCUGGAAAUACAGCUCACCUGAGUGAAACAGCUCCACCUGCUGGACACUUUCAUUCACUUCACCUACCGUUCAAACAAGACAACAACGUUUGAAAGGUUUAAUCUCUGAAGUGUGUUUUUUUUAGAUCCAACCACGGCAGAAGGCCACAAAACCAAAUCUGAGUCAAUCACUACCUCGAGUCAGAGUGAAACCACACGCGACAAAAAGUCGACUAAGUCCAGAGAUAAGAUGCUGAUGAGCUCAGUUCACAGACGAUACCGAGAGAUUCCCCAGGUCGAAACUAAUCACAGUCAAAACACCUGAAAACAGCUUCAUGAGAGUAAUGACCAGCAGGGGGCGACUCCACCAGCUGUUUCCAUCAGAGUCUAUGUGAAAAUGAGAGAAUACCACCGUGUGAAUGAUAGCUAGUACCAUCCUAUGGGUGCAGGUCCCAGUUGUAGGUGGGCGUGUCCUAAAGCUCUUAGUCAAGCUCCUCCCCCACCCCCCCUCCCCCCGUCGGAAAUUGAUUUUGAAGCAUUAACAACAAACAGACAUCAUCAGGUUCCUGCAGAAAGCAUCUCACCAAACACUCUGGGGAUUAAUGAAUGAAUCCUACUGAUGAUCAACUGAUGAUCGAUUGUGUCAAGUGUUUACAGCUGCAGCAUUGUGUGUGUGUGUGUGUGUGUGUGUGUGCGUGUUUGUAUGUUUCCCUGGCAACUGUAUAGGAGUCAGAGCGUGAUGAUGAUGAUGAUGAUGAUGAUGAUGAUGAUGAUGAUGAUGAUGAUGUUGAUGAUGGUGAUGAUGAUGUUGAUGAUGAUGAUGAUGAUGAUGAUGAUGAUGAUGAUGAUGAUGAUGAUGAUAAUGAUGUACAGAAAU